AUGGCUGCCGUUGAAGGGAUUCAUGGGAGUGAUUCCAGCUCCAAACAAGAACAAGAAGAACAAGAACAAGAAAGUGCUACUUUCUCUGCCAACAUCACCACUGAUCAAUCUGCCCUUUUAGCCUUAAAAUCUCAUAUAACUCACGAUCCGCACAAUCUCCUAGCAACCAACUGGUCCACUUCUACCUCUGUUUGCGAUUGGAUUGGUAUCACCUGUGGAUCCAGACACCACAGAGUCACUGCUCUGGAUUUGUCAAGUAUGGAUCUCAUAGGCACCAUCCCAUCUCAAUUGGGAAAUUUAUCUUUCCUUGCCUCCCUCAGCAUUCGUAACAAUAGUUUUCAUGGUUCUUUACCUAUUGAGUUAGGUAAUUUGCAUCGUCUGAAAAUUUUGAACUUUGGUAACAACAACUUCAGUGGAGAAAUCCCAUCAUGGUUUGGUUCCUUCGCUAAACUUCAAGGCUUGUUUUUGUACAUGAACAACUUCACUGGUGUUAUCCCGUCCACUCUUGGCAAUUUGUCAAAACUUGAAACACUGAGCAUGUUUAACAGCAAUCUCCAAGGGCAAAUACCCAUGACUCUGGGAAACCUUUCAAACUUGGAAUGUUUAUAUCUGUUUGAUAAUUCUCUUUCAGGCCAUCUAGAGUCGAGAAUAUUUGAUAACAUGUCUAAAUUGCAAGUAUUAAGCAUGGAUGGGAAUCAAAUUUCUGGUAGCAUUCCUAAUAGUUUAUUCAAGUGCAAAGAGUUGAUGUUUUUAUCAUUGUGGAACAACUCUAUGGAAGGAAGUAUACCUAUAGAAAUCGGAAAUUUGACUAUGCUCCAAUCUUUGCAUCUUGGUCACAACAACUUCAGAGGUCCCAUUCCUUGGUCAAUCUUCAACAUGUCCUCUUUCCAAGAAAUUUCUCUGGGAUUCAACAAUCUCUUUGGUUCUCUCUCCUCCAAUAUGUUCGAUUAUCUUCCUCGAUUACGUUAUCUUGAUUUGAUAAGAUGUCAACUUUCAGGAAGAAUUCCAAUGAGUUUAUUCAAAUGCAAAGAGUUAGAAUAUAUAUACUUGUCUGAUAAUCAUUUGGAGGGAACUGUGUCAUUAGAAAUCUCAAAUUUAACUUCACUUCGAACUUUCGCCAUCUCAGGAAACAAGUUUUCAGGCCAAAUUCCUUCCUCAUUAUGCAAUUUGAGUUCCCUUAUGGCUCUCUCUUUAUCGAACAAUAGUUUGGAUGGAACAGUUCCGGAAUGCAUUGGAAACUUGAGUUCUCUUUCACACGUUGACCUACGGAUGAAUAAUUUUUAUGGUAAAAUACCUGAAAAUUUCGCUGAAGGUUGCCGCUUAAAAAGUUUUCUAAUCUGCAAAAACCAAGUCGAAGGGUCACUGCCACGAUCUUUGGGUAAUUGUAAAGAUUUGAAGCUUCUUGAUGUUGGGAACAACUAUUUAAAUGACACUUUCCCAAAUUGGUUAGGAAAUUUGGAUCAGCUGCAAGUACUUGUCUUGAGAUCGAACAGAUUCUAUGGUGAAGUGGAUAGCUAUGAUGUUACCUUCACUCGUUUGCGUGUCAUUGAUCUCUCUCGUAAUAACUUCAGUGGCUACCUACAUGUGAAUUUUUUUGAAAAUUUACAUGCCAUUAGAGAAGUGAAUGAAAAGAAAGUUAAACCAGAAUACAUGGAAGAAGUAAUAGUUGGUGGAACAGUAUAUUCUGUGCCAGGUUUAUCUUUUACAACAAAAGGGUUGGAAACAGAGUUUGAGAAACUAUUAACCAUAUGGACAGAUAUUGACUUCUCCAGGAACCAAUUCUCCGGAGAAAUUCCUAAAACAAUUGGAGAGCUUCAUUCACUAAUUGCCCUAAAUCUCUCUCAUAAUUGUUUAACAGGUCCUAUCCCAUCAUCAUUAGGUGAUUUGUCAGAACUUGAAUCAUUAGAUCUCUCAUCAAACAAGCUCCAUGGAAAAAUUCCAACAGAGUUUACAAAUCUUGGAUUCCUAGAGGUGUUAAACCUUUCUCACAAUAAUCUCGUGGGACCCAUUCCUAAAGGCAAACAAUUGGAUACUUUCAGUAAUGAUUCCUACGUAGGAAACUUGGGUUUAUGUGGUUUGCCAUUAUCAAAAAGCUGUGAUAAUGAUGAGGGAACUGCAGCCAAAUUUGAUAGAGAUGAUGAUGAUGAUGAUGAUGAUGAUGGAUUGAAUUGGAAAUUUUCUAUACUGAUGGGGUAUGGAUGUGGGUUGGUGUUGGGAUUGAGCAUGGGAUACAUUGUAUUCAUAACUGGAAAACCAUGGUGGUUUAUUAAGAUCUACGUGAGAGUUCAACAAAGAUUUGUAGAAAAGAAACCAUUGCAGGAAGAAUUUGCCAAGUGCUUCAAAGAAAGUGGAAUAACUGAACUUGUUAGUCGAUAUUAUCUAUGUUGCUCCGAUUCUUCAUUUUUCAUGAAAUAUACAUGA